CUUUCACGGUCACAUGACCGGAAGUUAAAACUGAAGCGGUUGAAUGAGUAAUUUUGAAAUGAAAACAAACCCCAGAGAUCUUCUGUCCGCUUUAUUUACCGUAUAAUUAAUAAAUACAUGUGAUUAAAAAAACAUUAGACAGAGUUACAUAUGAUGAAGCGGAAAUGCUGAAGAUGAAGAGCAAAUUCAUCAAACCCGGGGUGUUACAACAGGGGACAUGCUGGCAUGACCUUUUAAAGUGAGAAACAGCUGAUUAUCAUGGACGACUCGGACGAGGAUUUUGUAGACCUCAGCUCAAAGCCACUGAAACGAGUCUGCAAGAAACCCAGACAGCCAAGGAAAGCAGGACAUCCGCCCUCCAGUCAGGCAAGUGAUGGAGGCAAGAGGAGAAGAAAUAACAGAAGAGAUGAUGGCUCUGGGUCCAAGUGUGUUGCAGCUGUUGGUGGGACGCAGCCUGUUUGUACUGAAGCAGAGCAGCUUGUGGUCAGUGGAGGGGGGGAUGCUGGGCCAUCUGUUUCAGUUGCUUCUGCAGCAGCAGUUCCGAGAGCUGAGAGACGUCUGGCAGCGAAAGACGUAGUGCUCAACAGAAUGCAACAGUUCAGGAGAGCCAGUCCUCAGAGGAUGCUGCACAGGGACAGGAGCCAGUCGACAGAGAGGGAGAACAACCGUGAUCCUGCUCCUCCACAGACAGAAAAACGAGAUACACCAGAAUCCUCCAGCUCAGGCCUCUGUUCGAAGCCCCUGGACAGUGACGAGGCUCUGGCCCUGCAGCUGCAGCAGGAGCUGGACAGGGAGGCAGCGGAGGCCCAGACAGUGGACCUGGAGGAUGGAGGCCUCUUCUUCUGUCAGAUCUGUCACAAAAACCUGACACAUAUGACACCUGAGGGGCGCACGCAGCACCUCAACAGGUGUUUGGAUGCAAGUGAAUCCCACGUCCCAGCUCCUCCUCCGCCUCCCGGUGUCCCCGACUGUCCCAUCUGCGGCAAGAAAUUCAAGUCCCAAAGGAGUCGCUCCUCCCACCUGAAGCGCUGCUCCUCAGACAUGGGUGUCUCUCCGGCUGUCCUGCUGCAGGCUCUGCAGAGACAGACUGAAGAGAGCCAGAGCACCGCCGCUGCUAACACACUCGCACAGACUGGAGGCACAAAAAGGAAAGGUCCGUCCAAGCCGGGUCUCCCAGCAAGUAAGAAGCCCAGGAAGAAGACUGAACCCCUGGACGAAGACACCAGGGUGGCCUUGGCUCUGUCGUCCUCCCUGCUGGAGCAGGAGAGAGAGUCACAUAUAGAGACCGCUGCCUCUCAUGCCUCCAUGACUCCCAUGUUGAGGUGGAGGCCAGACACAGGUAAGGGGCAUGGGAAGAGGAAAAAGGGUGCCGUCCCCCGUCCUCCUCCGCUCCUCCUUGUUCAGGAUGCUGAGGCGGCCCUGACGAGGCUGCAGGAACGCAUUUCUGCUCUCCUCCUACGCAGUCGGGCUCCAUCUCCCCCCACCCCAACCCGCUGCCCCAGCAGCCUGCCCGGAUGGAGUGGUGCUGCCCCCCUCUGGCAGAAGAGUGCACUGCUGAACCAAGACUCCACUGGUUUGUCUGAUUUCUAUGUCCCAGAGCUCAGGGAGUUCAUCACGCCUAGGGAAUUGGCAACGACUGAUGUAGCCUCCUCCAGCACUAGCUAUAAACCUCAUACAUCUCUCCAACCUGUGAGUGAAGGAACUCCUGUCACAAAAACCCGACCUUCCAUCAUGCCCUCAACCUCCCAGACAGCCUCCUCCUCUCCAGCUUCCUCCACCCCGGGGACAAGGCAGCUCCCGAUGGGCGGCGAGGCCCUCCGAGACCUGAUGGAGCUGGCUGAAGACGGCAUGACGCUCACCCAGUGCGGCUACGCUGCUCCAGGCCCUGCCAAAGACAAGAGCGCCAAGCUGUCCACAAACCUCCAGCUGAGUGGUUUCGUCCUGGAGGAGGAAGAAGAGCAUGCUGACCUCUGUGUGAGCGGUUUCCUACCAGAAACUUUGCACGCACACGCAGAGAAAACCCACGGCCAAGCAAGAAGGACGACUGAGAGCGCGGGCGGGCACCAAUCAGUGGCGCUGUCCAGACUAGCAUCAGAGCUGAGCAGCAUGGUGAACAACCCUCAGCUCAGUGAUGUGCAGCUCCAGGUGGACAGUGGAGAGGUCUACUUUGCCCAUUCCUUCAUGGUGUAUGCUCGCUGCCCCCUGCUGGCAGAGAUGGUGCACGAAAGUGGUUUUGGGGUGAAGGAGGAAGGCAUGCCUGCAGCACAGAGGGUGUUGAUGAGUGACGUACCGGGACAGGCGGUGUUGGCUCUGCUGCAGUACCUUUACACCGCCCAAUACUCCAUCCCAGCAUCACUGCAGCCUCAUGUAGUGGAGCUGGCAUCCAGGUUUGAUUUGCAGGAGCUGCAGCAGCUUUGUGAGCUUCAGCGAGCCGAGGCAGACUACACAAGCCAGGAGGAGCAUCUCAACAAAUCCCAAACAGAUCUGGCCUUCAUGGAGCUCCUCCACUCCAUGUGGAACGAAGAGGAUGAUGAUGACGACGAGCGGACAGAUGCGAAUGGAGGAAGAGAUGAAGAGAGAGGUCUAGAACAAUGUCAAGCCGCUGACGUCAUAUCAGGCGACGGAGAGUUUCAAGAAGAACAGGUGAACGAGGAGGAGAUGGAGGAGAUUUAUGAGUUUGCUGCCACGCAGAGAAAGAGGGAGGAGGAGGAAGAAAGCGUGGAGGAAAAGGUAGACGAGGAAGAAGAUGGAGAAGUGUUCACAAAACUGACAGAACCCAAAAGAAGCUCAAGAGGAUUCAGUGAAAAAAGCUCGCAGCCGAACUCCAGCCUAGAUCGCAGCUACAACCGCCUCUUCUCAGACUCUUGGGGGGUCUACAAAGAAGGAGACGACCCCUCCUCCUUACAUCCUACCUCUCCACCACCAAAAACACACACCCUCCAAUCACAGCAACACCAAUCCCCUCAUAAACCCUUUUCUGAAUAUUCUGGCAGAACUUUGCUUCAGUCCUCAGCAAGCGUAGUCAAUGAUCUUUCCCUCAGCCCUCCACCCAGUACAUCCAACCUGCCUAUCCCAGGUCUGUCUCCUGGGAUAGUGGCUGACUGGGACGGUGGUGGAGAUGCUGUUGAACUGGAAGAAUUUCUGCCUUUGAAACAGGAAAGCCUAGGUCCUCACAGUAUUUGUGUACCCCUUUCUCCUGAUUCCCCCCAGAAAAAGAAGACACCAGAGCUGGUAGUUUUGUCUGACUCAAGUGACGAGAUGGAGGUAGUAGAUGUUGCUGUUCUUAGCUCCCGCAGUCCUUCUCCACCUUAUCCCAGUGCUCUCCAGACCCUGCAGAGCUUUACCCACAUCAAACCCCAGAUGAUCCCAAAAUCUAAAGAGCCCAGUAGUUUGCAUUUUAGUCCCAAUGAUCCAUCUUCAGUCACAGUUCCGAGUCGACCAGGCUCCGGUUGUGACCAGAGUGUGGUAGACUGUUCUCCAGAAGUUUCCUGGCUGGUCCCAUCCACACCAGUCCAGCCUCGAAGAAGCACCACAACCAGCUCCACUCAAACCAGAAGCAGCAUGUGCAGGACACAGCUGUUCCCUAAAGGUGAAGCUUCAUCACCCUCGUCCUCUGUUUUCUCUUCCCCUGCUUUACCGUUUAAUAACAGAUCACCGACCUCCAACAAUCCAACCGGAGAUUCAGCCCAUGUUGGCCCAGCAGAUGACAGUGUCUCCAAGCAGGACAGGACGGUGCCCAGCAGCUCCAGUUUGGAUCUCAACUUUUGUCCUAAAAGAACCAGUAGCUGCAUUACGAGUGAGGACAGAGAAGUGGACUCUCCUGUUUUUAAAGAACCUCAGGUCUCACAUCUCUCAAGCUCGACCCUCCCCUGUCUCCUUCAAGCUUCCUCAAAGCAGCAUAACUCUCUUCACCUCCAGCCACAGCCUUACAGCAGCACACCCCUGCAUACAGACCUCCACCAGCCCCCUGUCUCUCUUGGCGCUUCUCCGCUCCACAUUGAGCCUGAUAAGCAAAGGCCAACAAGUAAAGAAAGGGAUAGGGCGCCCUCUGAAAGCCCAGAGAAGACAGAAUUAGGGAGCUUUCAUCUCUCCCCCUUGUCCGACCCUUCAGACCUACCCUCUUCUUCCUCUCAAAGAGGCCUUCAGAGUUCACAGAGACGCAGUAAAUCCUCUAGUCAGAGUCAACGUUCUGUCGAGUAUAGCAGUCACAACGGCACAGGAUCUGAGCUGAGGAGUGGAAUAAGAAAUAAAGAGGAAGGAAGAGAGAUAGAGCAUGAAAGUAAAGGCACAGAUGAUAAAGGAGAGCAGGAAGAAGCAAAAGGAGAAAGUGGAGAGGCAGAAGCUGCAGAGUCCAGUUUCCAGCAGAGCUUCAUGGCCAUGGACGAGCCCCCGAUAGCGUUCAACGACUCAUGGGGCUUCAAUGCCUGCGUUGACUUGGCGGAAAAUCCGGGCUGCUUCAGUCUGAGGCUGGAGGACAGCGAAGCAUCUAGCCUACAGGAGCACAGCUCAGAAAAAGCCAAGUCUAGUCAUCAUGUCUCGUUGAACGGCCAGGGAGGUGUGACUGCCUCCGCUCCAUCCAAAGCCCUCAGUUCACAACCACCUACGAGUGAACAGGCUCAUACAGGCCCCUCCUUCACCCCCUCACCACCUGAUCCCACAACCCAUACCACACCAGAGAUCAUUAACAGCCUCCUGGACUCAAAAAUAUGGGACAGCUGGGAGGAGGAGGAGGUUCUUCCUCUUUCUCAGAGGGUGAACCCCUCUGCCUCACUCAAAACCCCAUUAUCGUUGCACAAUAAAAGGCGUCGCUCUGUGGUGCCCAUCACUCCCAUGCCCCACUACUCUGACAUGGAUACACCGGAGCUCAAGAACAAACUGAACAGGUUUGGUGUCCGACCUUUACCCAAGCGCCAGAUGAUCCUCAAACUGAAGGAGAUCCACCAGUACACCCACCAGCUGGUCAGCUCUGACUCUGAGGAUGAGGCACCCUCUGUAGGGCGCACUGCUCAGAUAAUAAAGCCCCCGUCAACCAGUUUAGCGGCCGCUGGCAGCAGGCUGGUCUCCUGUGCCCAGAGGGUGAAGUUUAAAGAGCCCACUACCGUUUCUCCUGUGAAACUCAAUAGAGAGGAGGAGGCAGAGCCGCUGUCCGCCUCACAGGGCUCCAACACCUCCUCGACUGCUGCCAGCGAAGAAUCUGAAAGGUCAAACCCAGAGAUAUGUCUUUCCUCUGAUGGCGACUCAGACAGCGACGGUGGCAUCUCAGCGUCCCAGUCAGCCACACGCCUCCAGGAUCGCCUCCGAGCGGUGCGCUCCUUCAUCCUGUCUGACUCAGGACUUUACAGCCAGAUCCUCCAGUACCAGCCUCUGGUCCUGUCCCAGCUCCAGCAGCGACUGAAAGCAGCAGGGAUCCGCCUGGGAGCCGCCAAACUGGUGGACUACCUGGACUCCCAGUGCAUCACCUUCACCACGGCCAAACCGGGUCACACUGCACCCAGCCGCAGGCGAGGCAAGAAGACAGGCAAGGGGGCAAAGGCAGCGGGGUGAAAGUGGAGCAAACAGGAAAUGAGGUGUCAAUGCUGCUCUUUAAAACUGUGACUGUAAGGUUUAAGUAGAAACUGUGAGAUGUAGCAUGUUUUAUUAAGGUACUUGGGACAUUUAUCUGAAAAUAACUUAAGGCAGAGAAGAAAAAAAUUAAAUUAUGAAGUAUUUUAAAAAGAAUAUGACAACCAGCACUCAGCUGAUUCCUCAAGAGUAGACUUCACUGGUGAAAACAGAUUUUACCGCUUUGUUUGAAAUGUUGAAUGUUACAUAAAAUGUUUCAUCAGGACAGUUUUUGUAUUUUAAGUAUUGUGUUUGUGAAAAUAAAAAAAAUGGUAAAUGUUGCUAUGGCAUAAUGGUUCCUCUGAUUAAAAGGCUAUAACAGUGAAGCCACUUUCAAUGUAUAAAAUAGAUUCUACAAACCAUCUGUCAUCCUCUGUGUGUGAUGGUUUAAAAAAAAAAAUCAUCUUUAGCAUGUAUUUACAACCCAGC